UGGGAAGAUGCAAAAAUACUUAAGUUUGUUUUUGACGUUGUACUAUCACAGCACCCUCUCUACUCACUUUCAGAAGGUAAAGGCAUCCGCCCACUUUCGGUCACUCGUCUUCUCGAGCUAGCGAAGAACCGCAAUACAAAAAACCCCUUGAGUAGAACAUCAAAAUGCGUGUGUAAAUACUUUUAAACGUCUGCUCUCGUGCAGAAGUGCUUGGGCGGACGAGAUUGGGUUACUAUCUCCUUCUGUUGUCGCCUUUGCUCUCCUGCUUCGCCGCGGGUUAAAAUGGACAAUCAGGGAGAAAUGCCGGACGCUAGCGAUAAGAAUGUGGAAUCCAUCAAGUUUUUGCUUUCGCUGAAAACCGGAAAGAUUGCACGCCACGUGGACCGCUGGAUUUACUUCGGUCAACUGGAACUGGACGUUCCUUAUGAGGCAACGGCGCGCGAGCUGAAGCAGACGCUGCAGGACCAAAGCGGGAUCGACGUCAAAUAUUUGUCGCUGAGGAAGAAAUUCUUCUGCCCACCGGGUUUGGAUAUUAAGGGGGAGAACGACGUAGACUAUGGCUCGUACCACAUGGAAAACGACGACGAACCGGUGUUUCUACACGUCCUCAAACGCGGCGACCGUCGUCUGGAGCACGUCAGCCCAGAACUACACUUCGACACUACACCGGAACGAGUGCGAAUCCGGGCUACGGCGGCGGACAUCGACUUCGAGCUAAAGUGGUGGGAAUACGAUUUGCAGCCGGCGAGACGACAUUUGGGUACCCUUUCCAGCCCCGAACCGGCCAACCAGGAGUUCCAAGAGGAUCCGUGCAUGGUCUACGUCAACGUCUAUGACAUCAAAAACCUCAAAGGUUUGAACAAGGUGGUAGAGGGGGUGAGUAAUAGCGUGAAGGGACUCACCGGGAAAGAUUUUUCUUUCGGCGGGGGUUAUCACGCCGACCUCGAGGUCUACGGCGCACAGUUCGUGUUCCACCAAAGUGGCGCCGGGGGGGCAUGUGGGUCCCUGAUCUGCCGCCCUUGGCCGCGCAACGUCCCAUACCAGUACUUGUAUAAGUACAGCAUCCCGGCUGGGCAUACCAAAUUCUCGUUCGUAUCUCUCCAGAGAAAAGGCCUACGAGCACAUCAUAUCUAAUGCCAUAAGUGCAAAACUAAAAUCCCAAACAGCAUGAUGCGCUGCCCUCACCAAAGAUCAUGGAUCAGAUUUUUUUGUGCAAUUGCCAUCGAUGCUGAGCUUGCCUUUUUCUUUCGCAUACGGCGGUGAAGUCAGGAAAGCGGCAAUCACCACGGCAAGGCAGACAGAGCCGGGCAAGCCAACGUGGACUGAUGAGUACUACAACCCAACCAGACAGAUAUCGAAAUGAAAAAUACCCCCUUCUGCAAAGGGAAUUUUUGCUGCUGGAUUUCUGUAUGCAAAUCCUGUCAUGCGAGACGACAAUAGGCAUACGCAAAGGCAGGGAGCCUACUCGUUGACAUGUUAAGUUACAUGUUGCCAUGUUAAGUAUGAAAGCCAACAAAUUGCCAGAAAGUGUACGGCUAUUCCAUUCUUGCAACACAAAUCCAUUUGCAUCUCAACCGAAAGGAACCAACUCUUGAAUAAAGUAGAACGGGGGUUUUUCAUGUCAUACCAGAACUGUGUCGACUAUGUUGUGUGGCUCCUCGGUAUCGCAGAUGAAAAAAGCAUUGUUAGUGUAACUUUGUGAUGCGCACCAUGCACAGUGAGUGCGUCUGUCAAGAACUUCUCAUGCUGGUCAUGGAUUGUAAGGUCCACCCAUGCGCGUUUCCAUAUCCAUGUACUAACUACGCAUGAGAAGUUUUUACUGUCAUGCCAGACAGAUUUGUAAUGCUGAUCCUCCCAAAUAAAAGUUACACCUACAAUCUUUUUUUCGUGGAUAAACGAUCACAUAAUCCCCGACUGGAGAGAAGGGCGAACGGGGAACGUGUCGCUAUCGGGUGCACAUCUGUGGUCUAGGUGUAGAAAUUUGUAAAGGCAUAUCGGGUAAUGAGGGCGUGUUGCGAUGCGCAGCCAAAUUAUACGACAAAUUUUUACAGUGCUAUGAGAUAUUAGGAGUUGCAUAUUCCGCAUCAAAAACUGUGCAUUUUUCUCACAGAGCUUCACAGAAGUUGUGACAGAUCAAAAGUAGCAUGACCUACAAAUCUUCCAAUGCCCUCCCAGUUUGCAGUGCAUAGUCGUCUGGCGGGAACGAACUCGAACGGCAGAUCUACGAUGUGUGGAAACUCGGGCGAGAAACCGGUCGUCCUGUCCUCGAGGGAAUUGAGGCAGCAAGGGAACAUGUAGUCGAGGGUUUGAAGAUAGCAAAAGGGGCGGCGCAGAUAACGAGGGGACUCAUGCAAGCGUUCAAGGAGGAGAUGACACCCAGCGGACCAGCCGUGGUUAUCAAAUGCAAAUGUGUGUGGGAAUGGAACAUUCGAAACUGGUAAUAGUUGACUUGCGUUUUGUUUUCUGACAAAUCUUCUGUAUUGCGGUGGCAACAAAUGGGCUGCUGCCCUCUUAGGCAUGCCAAAACACGGUAGGGAGAUAAAACGCAAGUUGUCAUACCUAGCGCAUAUGGGAAACAUGGAGCAGAAAAACAUACAUUUGUCAUGCAUAUGUGCAUUCGAGAAUGCCUCCCCUAACCACAACUCAGCAUCACAAGUUUCUAGACCCAACCAGAUUUGCAAUGCAUAGCACCCGAGUGAAUACCCACCUUCAGCAAACUCGGGUAUCUAACAGAAAACAAGCACACCCGUAUUGCCGGACUCAGAAACUUUUGCCAUGCCGUUUUCAGUGCCAUUCUUGGGUGUCCGGCACGAGAAGGGUUACUUCUAGUAUCUUUUGUUGUCCUCGUCCGCAUGACAUUCUCCGGCUAGAAUGACAGAAAAGUGCUUCUCCUGUAUCUCAGCAUUAGAAAGGUUCAUCUGAUGACGGGAAAACAGCAUUACAGAUUUGAUUUCUUUCUGGAAUGGGUGUACAACAUGCUUUUCUUGUAUAGGAUUCUAAUAUCUGGGAAAGCAAUUUGCUCAGCACUGAGAAGAUUUUUUGAAAGGCUUGCUUUUCUUUAUGUGGCUGAAGAAAUAGCAAGAACGGAGGAUUAAGAUUGAUUACGAGACACCACGUCAACAGUGAAGUAGAUGCACUGGUCUUUUAAAGUGAAAAGAAACCAUCUUCAAGAACCCGCCGAGCAGGC